AAGCGAGGAAGGGGGUUUCUCCUUCCUGAGUGUUUUCCUGUUCUACAACUAAAAGUUCCAGGGUUUGAGAAUUAUCAGGCAUUCGUACACCCAGGGGACGGAGCAGUGUGACCAUGGCGCUGAAAGGGGCCUCCCUUCUGAGACGCUGGCCGAGCUUGCUUUCUAGAUUUCCCACUGGCUCCUUCUCACAAACAACAGCUGCCAACCAGUCCAGCCUCCAGGCACAGACUUCCCUCUACACUCCGGAUCACGUUGCCAUAAGGGAGACCUUAAGAAAGAUAAUUGACACUGAGAUUAACCCCUAUGUCAACCAAUGGGAGGAAGCAGGGCAGUUCCCAGCUCACAAGGUCUUCAAAAUCCUUGGAAAUGCUGGGCUACUGGGAGUCAAUAAACCACCAGAAUACGGCGGAAUGGGCCUGGACUUUUCCUAUAGUAUUGCAGUUGCAGAGGAGCUUGGCAAUAUUCGCUGCGGUGGGGUCCCUAUGGCCAUCGGUGUUCAGUCAGACAUGGCUACACCAGCUCUUACAAGGUUUGGCAGUGAUGAAUUGAAACGUCAGUUUCUUGCUCCAACCAUUGCUGGAGAUGUAGUCGUUUGUCUGGGAGUCAGUGAAGCAGGGGCUGGAUCAGAUGUGGCAAGUAUUAAGACAACAGCUGUGAAAAAGGGAGACGAUUACAUUAUCAACGGCAGCAAGAUGUGGACAACCAGUGGGUGCCAGGCUGAUUGGAUGUGCUUGCUUGCCAACACAAGUGCAGGGCCACCUCACAGAAACAAGUCACUUUUUUGUUUACCUAUGAAAACACCUGGUGUCCAGGUUACGAAAAAAAUUGAGAAAAUUGGCAUGAAAUCAUCAGACACAGCUCAGAUAUUCUUUGAAGAUGUCAGAGUUCCAAGCAAGUAUCUAAUUGGCGAGGAAGGAAUGGGCUUCACAUACCAAAUGUUGCAAUUCCAAGAGGAGCGCAUGUGGGGAGCAGCCAAUGUGCUGACAACAAUGGAGAACAUCAUACAAGAAACUAUUGACUAUACCAGUCAACGGAAAGUCUUUAACCAGCCAGUGCUGCAUAACCAGGUGGUACACUUUCGCUUAGCAGAAUUGGCAACUGAAGUUGAACUUCUGCGCUCGCUGCUGUAUCGUGCUGUUGCAAUGUAUGUCGAAGGUAAUGAUGUCACCAAACUUGCUUCCAUGGCUAAAUUAAAAGCUGGCCGACUUGCACGAGAAUUGAGUGACAGCUGUCUUCAGUUCUGGGGAGGAAUGGGUUUCACCAAUGAAGUUCUUGUUAGUCGGUUUUAUCGAGACUCAAGGCUGUUGUCGAUAGGAGCAGGAGCGGAUGAAGUAAUGUUGUCAAUCAUAUGCAAAUACAUGGGAACACUUCCAAGUAAAAAGUGAAUCUUUGCCAGACUGUUAAAUCAUCUUUCAAAGAUGAAAGAUUGUCAGAUCGAUUCAGUAAAAGUAAAAGCAUUUACACCAAGGCCUGUGUUUUACAAGCAUUUGAGUCUGGUGUAUAGACAAAUCAGAGCAACUUCAAACCACAUGACAAAUCCUCAUUUUUUUUUUUAAAAUAUGUUUUUUGUCUUUCUUUGAUUAAAUUUAUACAUGUGAAUGACUCAUUUUAAUUUAUUAUCCAAAGCAAAAUGCUUGUGUAUACGAGGCGCUUUUACAAUCAAGGCCAAAAUUCAAAAGGAAUUUAGAAAUAUAUAUUUUUGUAUUUUCUGCAUUAAUGAAUUAACUUAUUUUCUUGUGAAACUGUCACUAAAACACAUAAAUAAAUAGUAAUUCGUAAGA